GGAUUCGUUAAAUUGUUGAAUUUUAAUUAAAUUUCUUCGUUUUUAAUUAAAAAACUUACAAAAAAAAUUAAAUUUUAAAUAACUUACAAUACCAUCAGGACCAACUGAGAGAAAGAAAUUGCGAAUUUCUCCAAAAUAUUCAAUUAAAAAUUUAAAACGCAAUAAAUAAAAGACAUUCAAUUCGACAAUGGCAAAAGUUGUUACUCAGGAAACUUAUGAUGAGAUCAUCAAAGAAAAUAUCGUCGAGUUUUCCAUGUCCGUGGAGGAAGCUCGGGAAGAGACCAUUAAACAGCUGGAGGCUCAAGGCAUCAACUUGGGAAACAUCAUAAAAGAUCUCGCCAUAAACGCGGAAACAGGAGUGCCUUUGCUCAACGAGUACAUCGAGAAGCUCAAAUUCCACACCGAUGGCAGUUCUAAACUCAGUUCUGACGAUUUAAUCAACAUUUUGACCUCUUUCACUGCCGAAUGCAACAUUUCCGUACCGCAUCGCGUACUUGCGGCAAAACUUGAUGCUCUCUCGUACGUUCUUAAAGUCAUUCAGGACGAAAUUUCCACGGGAAAUAGUCACGAUGCGAAAACUGUACUACAUCACGCUAUUCUGGCAGCUAAUUCAAUCACGCACAAGAACCCCGAUGUCUUUGACAAGGCAUGUUUGGAUACAAUUAUCAAGUGUUUGGACACCCAAAAGGACAAACAAGUCAUCUGCGAUACCCUGAAAUGGAUCCAAAAGUCCUGCAUCAUGCACGAAAUGAACCGUCAAGCAGUUGUCGAAGCAGAUAUUCUCAUGACGCACCUCAAACCGCUCCUGGCGAACGAAGACGAAGCUCUGGUGAAGGAAAUUUGCGCUGUUUUUCGUUAUUUGAUCUUGGAUGACGACGUCAGAGUUGAAUUUGGCAAAGCUCAUGACCAUGCAAGGCUCAUCGCUACCGAAACUUUGACUGAUUUAACGGGACUUUUAGCUAAAUUCAAGGAUAACGAGUCCCUGGUAGCAGAUUUGAUGUUGACAAUUGGUGCCUUGACCGUUCGCAAUGAAUUUUGUGAAGCCGUGAAGGAAGCUGAUGGGCUCAAAUACGUCAUGGAUGCGAUGAUCCAGUUCCCAGAUUCGGUAAAAGUCGUUCGAGAAGCUCUGAAAUUGCUAAAAGUGCUUGCUGGAAACGACAAAGUUAAAGUUCAGAUCGUUCAAUGCGGUGCGGUGACUGUUAUUGCUUCUGCUUUGAGUCGUUUUAAGUCCAAUGAAACGGUGGCUAAAGCAGCUCUUGUAUGCAUUUCAACCCUUGCUCUGCGAGUUAAGGAGAACGCCGAUGCCCUUUUCGACACCAGCAUCCCCGAAUCGAUCAUUGAAACGAUGAAAAUCCAUCCCGGCAGUAAAUUAGUGCAACGUAACGCUGCAUGGGCAAUCCGUAAUAUGGUCUCCCGAUCACGAAAUCAGUGCGAAACAUGGGCAUCGCAUGGCGUGGAAGACGUUUUGAAUGCGGCGAUGCAGGCUCAUCCCGGAAUUCAAGGCGACGUGAAGGCAGCAUUGCGUGAUUUGGGCUUGAAAGUCCAACUGAACGAAGAAUGGAAGGGAAAAAGUGAGAAACCGAUCGCAAAUGACUAA